UCACGAAUCUUCAGUGAUCUUUUUGUCCACUUCUUAUACUCAAACCAGAGAGAGGAAGGAGAAUCAAUCAAUGGCCAAACACGAAGAUCUACCAGUUCCAAUCUUCUCCAAACUUGAUGCGGUUUAUGGUGAUGGAUCACAGCUCGAGGAAGCUGAACUUCGUUUCUCUCUUCUCAACUCUAAAUUCAAACAAAUCUUCGGUCAUCUUCCUGAUAUCUAUGCUCGCGCUCCAGGAAGAGUAAAUUUGAUUGGGGAGCACAUUGACUAUGAGGGGUAUUCGGUGUUGCCCAUGGCGAUUAGGCAAGACACGAUAGUAGCCAUUCGAAAACGAGAUGCAGGGGAAUCUGAAAAGCUUCUUAGGAUUGCGAAUGUUAGUGACAAGUAUACAAUGUGUACUUAUCCUGUUGAUCCCAACCAGGAGAUUGACCUGAAGAAUCAUCGAUGGGGACAUUAUUUUAUUUGUGGAUACAAGGGUUUCUAUGAAUAUGCUAGAUCAAGAGGGCUGGAUGUGGGUUCACCAGUUGGACUUGAUGUUAUCAUUGAGGGAACAGUUCCUACAGGGUCUGGGCUGUCAAGCUCCGCAGCUUUGGUGUGCUCUUCUACAAUUGCCAUAAUGGCUGCCCUUAAUGUCAAUCUCACCAAGAAAGAACUUGCUCAACUUACAUGUGAAUGUGAAAGACACAUUGGGACACAGUCUGGUGGAAUGGACCAGGCAAUAUCCAUCAUGGCAAAAACUGGGUUUGCUGAGCUGAUAGAUUUUAACCCAAUUCGUGCAACCGAUGUGCAACUUCCUGCUGGCGGGUCUUUUGUGAUAGCCCAUUCAUUGGCUGAAUCACAGAAAGCAGUAACUGCUGCAACAAACUACAAUAAUAGAGUUGUUGAGUGUCGUUUAGCUUCAGUUGUACUUGGCAUAAAACUCGGAAUGGAGCCUCAAGAGGCAAUAUCAAAAGUGAAAACCCUUUCUGACGUAGAAGGUUUAUGUGUAUGCUUUGCUGGCACUCGUGGUUCUUCUGACCCCAUCCUUGCUGUUAAGGAAUAUCUGAAAGAAGAGCCAUAUACGGUCGAAGAAAUUGAGAAAAUAACUGCUAAAACCUUGGAUGCGAUAUUCGCUGACUCAGCUUCUUCACUAGAUGUGCUAAAAGCUGCCAAGCAUUACAAGUUAUUCCAGAGAGCCUCUCAUGUGUACUCUGAAGCAAAGCGUGUAUAUGCUUUCAAGGACGCGGUAUCAUCAAAUUCUGACGAGGAGGAGAUGUUGAAGAAGCUUGGGGACCUUAUGGAUGAUAGCCACUAUAGCUGCAGCGUUCUAUUCGAGUGCAGUUGUGGGGAGCUUGAAGAAUUGGUUAAGGUUUGUAAAGCCAAUGGAGCGGUAGGAGCGAGGCUUACCGGUGCAGGAUGGGGUGGAUGUGCAGUUGCUCUGGUCAAAGAAACCAUCGUCCCCCAAUUCAUUCUGAAUCUAAAGGAGCAAUUCUAUCAAUCCAGGAUUGACAAUGGGACUAUCAACAAGGCUGAUCUUGGUCUCUAUGUAUUUGCAUCAAAGCCUUCCAGUGGAGCUGCCAUUUUCAAAUUUUGAUUUCCCUUUUCACUCUACACAUAAUUAUCAAUCAUCACCUUUUUAUGUUACAAACUUAUCAUUUACCCGAUGACGUCUGUCCCACCAUUCAGAUUAUACAAGGAUCGGUUCUGAUACCAUCCAAAACCUACAACAACAUGCUGACCCAAUAACUUUGAAUUCAACUUAAAACCAUGGUGAAAGUUGUUGGUAGUCCA